AGCUACUUCCGGUACGAAAUUUGAAAAUAUUUUUCUCUAAUUCUUCUUCUUUUGGCGAGCUUUCCGUGUGAAAGGAGUUAUUCCACUUGAUGUUAAGAUUUUAAUGAGAAUAAAUACCUUUCAGUGUCGUUAUUUCAUCAAAGUGAUAUAUAUCAAUCUGAAGCAACCCUGAAGAAUGAUGUGUAUGUUCACCAACAAAAGAACUCCAUAAAUACUAAAGCUGAUAAUGAUUUAAACAUGACUGAACUAAAAGGAUCUUCAGGGCAACAAAAGACAAACAAUGAUUGUGAUUUAUCCGUCCAUAUCUCAUCUCCAGUCAUUGAAGAGGAACACACAAUUAGCCAAUAUUCUUUAGAUAACACUGAACCUAUGGAAGACACAGAACCUUAUGAUAACAUACCCAUAGCUUCGAGUGAUAAACCAAAGUUACAGCGGGUUGAUGCAGUAUUGUUAAGUAAUCUAAGAUCAGCUGACAAUGAAGCAACCUUUGCUAUAGUAUUCGAUAUGCUCAGUGCUCAUUCUGUACCAGAUGUUACAGGUACAACUGUCUGUACUGAAUCAUGUGAUAUAGUGAAUGGUAUAAUUGAUAGUGUAUUGGAAGCCAUUACAACAGGUAAGAGCUGUAUGGUUGAUAUAGAAGAGAACACAAAACCUACCAACAAAUGUUUUGACAUGGUUGCCAUAAGCAAUACAGCAGAUGAAGCUGAACAAAAAUUUCCAAUGAACAAAAUGAAAAAUGUCAUGGCUGAAGGAUCAGAAGCCAUAUGUGAAAGGAGGGAUGUUAUAUGUGAUAGUGUCAUUGAUGAAAGGUCAAAAGUCACAAUUUCAGCUGAAAUAAUCCAAACUAAAGAUGAUAUAUCAACAGAAGAAGUUGUCAAAUCACCAGAAGUUGAAAUGUAUGAUGAUGUAAAUGAGAUUCUAGAUUCAAAUAAAUCAACAGCAAUGUUCGAAGACAUCUUUGAUGGAGUGAAAAAUGUCUUAACAAAUAUGGUGAAGAAAAUAGAUGAAACGUCUUUGAUAACAAUGACAAAUAAAAUUGAGAAAUCUUCACAGCAAAGCAGUCAUACAUUGGGUUCUCUUGAAAGUGAUGGUAAGAUUGAAAGUGAUGAUCAGCUUGAAAGUGAUGAUAAGAUUGGAAGUGAUAAUAAAAUGGCUGAUUCAGAAAAAGUGCAAGUGAAUGAAGAUAUUUCUGUCAAAGUGGAACACGUUGAAAACAUUUCUACUCACGACAGGACAAAAUAUUCCUCAGCAGCUAUCGACUUCUUUAAAAUGGCUGAUAUGAGUCUAGCACACCAGCCCUUAGGAAUACCACAUGAUCAAUUUGAAGACAAAAUUGAACAACAAAUACAAGAAGAUAUGAGUGAGCCUAAUCAAGAGGAAGAAGAUAUUAGAGAAGGCAAUGAAGAGUGUCAUCAACUUAAUGCAGUUCAAACUGCCUCAAAAUUCCUAGAGGAUAUAACAGAUGAAGUUGCCAACACUGUUCAGCAUAAUAGAGAUGAACUCCUUCCCAAACCAGCCAAAGCUGUAGUUCAGUCAAUCCAGUUAGAACUUACUCAAGUUAAAAUUGUUUCACAACCAGAUUGUUAUCAGAAUGAGAUUCAGGUUCAAGAGCCAUCACUUGGUGAAAAUGACUCUGAUAAAGUUGUUUUGUUUUUAGAAAAUGUGAUCAACAGAGUAGGAGAUGUGAUGUAUGAGAAAACAAUGAACAACCAAAGAAAAGUCAAACUAAAUGAAGAUGACAAAAUUGAAUCUGUAGCAAAUGUUGAAUAUGAAGUUGAAAACAUGAUUAUAACUGAGAAGGAUCAAGAAGAAAAUAAUACCACAGCAAAUAUUGCAAAUGUUAAAAUCAUUUUUGAAAAAGUUGAACAUGAGAAUAUAACAGCAAACAAUGAAAAUGAGACUGGAAAUAAAAUAGCAUCUGCGAAAGAUCAAGACAAAGCUUUGGCCUCAGCAAACAAUGAAAAGGAAAUUGAUAAAAGUAUAAAAGUUUCUGAGAAAAAUCAAGAAGAAAAUAUUUCUAUUCCGAAUAAUAAAGAUAAAGUUGAAAACUUAGUAGCAUCUGAGAAAGAUCAAGGAGAAGCUAUAACUGCAGUAAACAAUGAAAAAGAAUUCGAGGGUACUACUGCAACUACGGAGUAUCAAGUAAAUAUUAAUGAAGUUCUGGAUCUAAUGGCACCUAAGAGGCAUCAAGGGGAAGCCAUAACCACUCCAAAUGAAGUUAAAAACAUAAUUUCAACUGAGAAAGAAAACAAGGCUUCAGAGAAUGAAGAAAACAAAGUUAAAGAAUUGAUAGCCUCUGCAAGGAAUUACAUGGAGACUACAGUUGCCCAAUAUGAGAACAAUAUCCAUAUAAGUGAUAUUAAUACAACAAAUCAGCAGAUGGAUGGCCCUUAUACUGGAGAUUAUGAGCCAAAUUCAAUCAGUCAAGGUGCAGAUUCUGAAAUCGCAAACCAUAAGGGUGUAAAACGUAAACUUGAUUUUCCUAGAAAUUGUGCAGUGUGUCCUAUGUUCAUAGAGCUCCCCAAAGAUGACAACAUCAAAGAGAUGAGUCAGGAAAAGGCGUCUCCCAUUAUCGAUAGUGUUUCUAUCAGUCAAACUAUACGAGCAAUGCUGAUCACAUUGAUAUCUGAAGAUGUUCCAUACCAUAUGGACCCUAUAGAAACAUGUUUAGAAAAGCUCACUGCAGACCAUCCUGAUUAUGCUCAGAAAAGUAAUGAAUGUAGUGAUGAGCAAGAUAACAUUGAAUCCGGUCACAAGAAGUUUGUACUAUGUAGAGAUGAUGAGAAUGAUCACAGUACCAUCUAUCAAACUGAGCAGGAGUUAAAUCCAACAGACUCCAAUUCUGACUUUGCCAAUAGAUUUAAUGCUGAACCAAAUACAGGAUCUCCCUAUCAUAUAAAUGAUGAAGAAAUCAGCUAUUCACCAAUUAUUGGAUCUCUUAGUAGCUCUAGUUCCAGUGAUGUCCUUGAUCCAGGAACUGAUAUGAAUGUUCCUUGUGAUGAUGCAGAUGAUGAGGGAGUCGAAUUAACAACAGUUCAGUUUCAAACAGCUUCACAUGUACUGUCUGAAAGACUGUCACAGGGGAGCAUUGAUGAGAAUCCUUCAGCCAGUGAUAUUAACAAUAAACAUAGUGAACAAUCUAAAGGCAGUGAGUUCAUUCAUGAGAUGAACCUGAAAAGGAAAACAACUUAUGAUGAUACUGAAGAUGAAGUAAUUCCACCCAAGGUCAGAGCCAUAGAAGAUGAUUAUUCUACGACGCCAGAAUUAACAGAGUUGGGGCCAAAGGAUCAACAGGUACCUGGAUUUGUUAACAUUGCACAGUCCCAAGAUGACACCACUGUAGAGCAGCAUACCCUCCUUCAAGAUGACAUCAGCUUUAAUCAUGAGGAGUCUUUCUAUGGAGAAUUAAAUGGAGGGAAGGUGUAUGCAUGUGAUGCAGACUUGAUGGAUGAUAAAGGAGGAAGUCAAUGCCAGACAGUAGAUGAACAUGACAGUCAGGGUAGCAUAGAGGAGGCAGCUGAUGUUGACCAGGUGAAGUCUGUUGCGAGUGCCUUCCACUGGAGACACCCACCUUCAUCUACUACAGAUAGAGUUGUUCCUGGCUCUUCGUGUGCUCCAGAGUCACUGAAUAAUGUCACCCCUCUGAAGACGUGUCCUCGAUCUAUCAGACUUGGCCUCUCCAAAAACUCAAGACCAGGUCCACUGCACAAAAACUUCCAAAUACCUUUCAAAAGGUGAAUAUGCUGAUAAACAAACACACAACAUCACUUACCAUUGGGUACAUGACUUACUGAGAAAAAAGCACCAUUUUGGAGAUAUGAUAAUUUUACUUCAAGUCAUGUGUGGUAUUUUGAUUGUGCUUCAUACUGUUUUCUUUGGUGUACAUUGUAUAUACAUUUUGUAUUGACAAUUAUUUUUGAAAAAAGUAAGUUCAUACUCAAUUCUCUAAAGUACAAACUAAAGAUGAAUUUUAGUGAUUUUGGAUGAUUUAAAUACAGACAUUGCCUUUUUGAUAAGAGCUAUGUAAAACAAUACCACUAGAUUACUUGUGAAAAGCUAAUGAUAUUUGAUAU